AUGUAUUCAUCUGCUCAAUUGAACAUCUUCAUCUGCACCUUUUAUCCAAAAAUGCCAUAUAUGUUGGUAUGUUCGCAAGUCCCUAUUGAGGAUGGUCCAACAACUAUUGGGAAUGUAGACAUCGACUCAGCUCUAGCGGAGAGGCUUGAAGCUCAGCCAUCCCGCAUGUUUUUUACAAUAACAUACCUCACCAAUCUGGGCCCACAGGUUGUGUUGAACAUAUUAGAGAGGGAAGGUUGGAAAGUUAUCGGAGUGGCAGGCACCGGCAACGCAUGCAUAUGGACUUUGCAUAGAUAGAAGCAGUUUUUUGUGUACUUGUAUUAUAUAAUCGCGAUUUGAGAUUUUCGCAAACUAAAGCUGAGUUAGUUUUGCAAAGCUGUACAAAGAAAUAGAUAUCUUUACAUAAUUGCUUGUCUCCACGCUCUGCAUGUUCAUGCCUUUUGACUGUGUUAGAACAAACAUUUGUGAGAUAUUUUGGUAAUCUUCGCAUAUUCUACUGAUAAACUGCUAUCAGCACAACAGACAGUACCUUUACACCCUCUUUAUAUAUAUUUUAUUAUUUUUCAUGACUCUCACUGUCUCCUUUCGUGGCAUUAACUUAUGAUGCCUUACUUGUUGUAAC